AUGACCGGAAACGACCGCUUUGGAAACCUUUCGACCCCAUUUGCCGAGCCAGCCUGGUAUAGUGGUCUGCCUUCGCCGUACUACAAAGCCUCGCAUCUCAGACUACGAGAGGUCGCAAGGAAAUGGACGGAGACUCAUCUGAUGGACCAAGCCCACGACUGGGAAGAAAGUGGGUCCAUUGAUCAUGCAACCUAUCAACAAGCAGCGAAGGACGGUCUUAUUCUGCCCAACAUCGGUGGAAUCAGAAUCCCAAAAGAGUGGACCAAACACGCUAAAAUCAUCGCCGAUAUUCCGCCCGAGGAGUGGGACGGCUUUCAUGCAUUCAUCUUACAGGAUGAACUGAUGAGAUGUGGUUCGGCUGGUGCUGUUGGUGGUUUGUUCAGCGGAAUGGCUUACGGAGCCCCGUUAAUAUGGAAAUAUGGCUCAACAGAGCUACGCGAGAAGCUGAUGCCGGGCCUGUUGAAUGGGAGUAAGAGGACAUGCAUCACCAUCACUGAGCCUAGCGCCGGAAGUGAUGUCAAAAAUCUCUCGACGACUGCUGAGAAAAGUCCCGAUGGAAAGCAUUGGAUCAUCAAUGGGAUCACCAAUGGAAUAUGGUGUGAUUAUUUUACCACUGCUGUCCGCACUCGAGGAAAGCCUGGCGAUCCAUCAGGAAUCAGUGUUAUUGUUAUCCCCAAAGGCCCAGACGUCAAAGUCAGCAGGAUGAAAAUGGGCGGGGUUUGGUGUAGCGGAACCAGUCAAGUGGUUUUCGAUAAUGUCAAAGUUCCAAUCGAUUACCUCGUCGGAAAAGAAAACGAGGGGUUCAAGUACAUCAUGUCGAAUUUUAAUCACGAACGAUUAAACAUUGCGUUUUCGGCGCAUCGAAGUGCCCGAGUGUGUAUCGAGGACGCGAUGGCGCACGCAACGAAGCGAAAAGUGUUUGGAGAGCCAUUGAUGGAGCUCAGUAUCAUCCGACACAAGCUGGGCCAGAUGGUCCGAUUGGUCGAGUCUCAACAUGCAUGGAUCGAGAGUCUCGUCUACCAACUCAACCAGCUCAGCGAUGCCGAGGGGACCGCCCUUCUGGGCGGCCAGUCCGCUCUCCUCAAGGCUCAUUGCGGGAUCACUCUCGAAUUUGUCGCUAGAGAAGCCGUCCAGAUCUUGGGCGGUUUGGGCUAUACUCGUGGUGGGGCCGGUGAACGCAUCGAACGUGCUUGGAGAGAGAUUAAAAGUGUCUCCAUCCCAGGCGGGAGUGAAGAAGUGAUGCUAGAUUUGGCCGUCAGACAACAACUCAAAAUCAGCUUGAAAAGCACUCGUCAAACCAAAUUGUAA